AAUCCGAGAGCCAGGUGAACUGAGAAGGCAGUCAUGUGGUGGUGGGGAGACCUGCCUCCUUCACACACCUCCCUCACAUAGUUCACUACUAGCAAGGGGUCCAGUCUCGCCUCGUGAUCUCUUCACCGUCGUCAUAUCUCUCCUCAGACACAGUGACUUUCUCUUCGUGUGUCUGUCUACAUCUGGUAAUUGAUCUCUGACAAAUGUAUCUGAAGCUCCCUACAGAGGGAGUGAGUGGUGGUAAUGUAGUAGAAGAAGCCCCACACACGCUCCUUCCUGCCUCCCCUCCAGUCAGAGGUGUUUCAGCAUGGCUGUAAUGUGCUCCUAAGCUACUGAUAAAUAUGCUAUACGGGUUUAUGGAAGUGCUUCCUACUAUACAAAUGCAGUGUUUGAUGCAAAAUAUAAACGCAUAGCUAGUAUAAAACUCAAAUGGUUCUAUGAUAAAUAGAAAAUGGGCAUAAAAUAUAAACAGUAUAACUUUAAAGUAAUCAUUAUAAACUAUUAUUUCUAACUAAAUAUAGUUUUAUUCAGUCUCAUUUAAAAGAAGAAAAAUACAUAAAUUAUGAUCAUCGAGAAAUAGCCAUCUUCCAGCAGUUAAAUACCAGUAAAUCGCUUUUUGAAAGUCUGAGAGUUGGUCUCUGGUUGUCUCUCCCGGCUGCUUGGUUGAUGUAGCCACCAGCCUUGCCACUCACCCCACAGUCGCCGCUACCCCCUCGCCGGCAACUACCCCUUCACCCACCGCUACACUCACAUCGGAUAAUACCUCCUCCCCCACCACAACCCCCUCCUCCGCCACCGUCUUCUCCCCCGCCCCUCUCCCCGCCACAACCUCCUCACCAACCCUCUGGACCUCCACUGACCUCUCGCCCUCCACUGACCUCUCGCCCUCCACUGACCUCUCGCCCUCCACUUCCACCUCGACCACCAGUACCACCUCAGCCGCCAUUACCCCUCCGACCACCACUACCCUUCGACUGCCACUACUCCCUCGUCCUUCACUGCCCUUCGUUCGCCACUACCCCGUCGUCAGUGCCCAGCCCUCCCCAGCCACUCCCCUCUGCUUGCCACUGCCCUUCGCUCGCCACUAUCCUUCAGAACCUUUUCCUCACCGCUUCCACCGCCACCACUAACCUCAGACACUCUACCACAACACCACCACAAUCACCAACAUCACUGCUACUACUACUACCCCUUUACCACAGCACUAACACCACAACCACCAUCACCACUGCUACCCCCCCUUACCACAACACUACUAUCACCACCACCACAUUCACCACCACAACCACUACUGCCCCUCUCUCACAGCGCUUCUGACUCUGCCAUAACAAUGCAAACGCCAUAAACCACCACUUCAUCACUUCUUCCCCAGUACUACAGCAUUACUGACACCACUAUUACAACCGCUACCACUAGCGCCAGUACAACCCCUUUACCACAGCUCCACUAACACUACCACAACGUAGUAUCAACAGCCUUACCCACUUCCUCCAUUUCACUACUAGUAACCAGUAGAAGCUGCCAACACCAGUAACAAGGCAGACAGCUUUUCUACCUGCACCACCAUCACCACCCUUCCAUACUAGCACCACCACCCAUCAUUACCAUUAGCACCACAAGCAGCAGCACCACCACCGCUACACGCAGCAGCAGCAGCACCACCACUAGAAGCAGCAGCAGCACAACUAGAAGCAGCAGCAGCAGCAGCAGCAGCAGCAGCAUUAGAAACAGCACCAGCAGCAUCACUAGAAGCAGCAGCAGUAGCAGCAGCAGCAUCACUAGAAGCAGCAGCAGCAGCAAAAUCAACACAACAUUACCACCACCAGGAACAGCAGCAACAGCAGACGCAAGAUGGCUCUAAGUCGCCGUGUGAAGCUAGCAUACGGUGUGGGUCAUGUAUUUAAUGACCUGUGCGCCUCCAUGUGGUUCACUUACCUACUAGUUUACCUCCAGUAUGUGCUCCAGCUGGACCGAGGUCUUGCAGGGUUCCUGCUGUUGAUGGGUCAAGUGGCGGACGCCGUGUCCACUCCCCUCAUCGGGCUGCAAAGUGAUCGUGGGUGCACCUUCUGCACCUAUGGGAGGAGGAAGUCCUGGCACGCCAUCGGAACGUUGUGUGUGCUGUUCUCGUUCCCGUUCAUCUUCAUCGUGUGUGGAGUGUGCUUCGCUGUUCUUGGCUUCGGUUACGUUCUCCUCCUAGGCUUCAUGAUCUGCCUCUUCCAGUUCGGGUGGGCAGCAACACAAGUGUCCCACCUGGCACUUAUACCCGACCUCACCAACGUGGAGGCCGAGAGAGACGAGCUCAAUAUCAUAAGGUUAGUCGAUCCUUCAAACUCACCAGAUGUCGUUUUGAUAAGGACCUGCCUCGUAUGGGCCAGUAGGCCUUCUGCAGUGUUCCUACAUUCUUAUGUUUUUAUGUUCUUAUCUAAUUGUAGUGUUUUGCAGUCGGAAAACCUAUGGCUGGGUAGUUGGUGGCGCUCAGGAGACACAAACAACUACCAACUCUUUAUUACUCCCCCCAAAAUACAGAAUCAGCCCAUGCUGAUCAUCACUAUCACCGUCAUGGUGGUAGGCACCUUCUUCUCCAUCAUCUUCCACCUCUUCACCCCGGAGCAUCCCUCCACCUUAUUCAGGCGGCGCGGGGAGGUGUACCAGGAGGUUUCUACGGGACCUGAGGAACCCCAGGCCACCUCUUCUACUGACGUGGGUGCAGAGGUGCAUGAAGCACAGUCGCCUGUUGAACACCUGAUGGGCAGAGCCCAAAUGUUAUGGCGAGACUGGCUCUCUGAACCCCAGUUUUAUCAGGUGACACUGUUAUAUGGGUGCGCCCGCCUGGUAGCCAACCUCUCCAACAUCUAUAUGCCCAUCUACCUGCAGGAGACCAUCCACGCCAAGCAGGAACUGAUCGCAGUGGUGCCGCUAGUGAUGAGCCUGUCUAGUGUGGGCGCCUCCUUCCUCCUGAGGGCGCUAAGGAAGGCUGUCGGCAAAAAGGCAAGCGUGGUGGUGGGCAUCGUGAUCGGACUGGUGGCGUGCACGAUAUCUGCGUUGCCCUGGAUGCCCUUAUGGGGUGUGUUCAGUGUGGCUAUCUUGUGGGGCGUCUCAGGUUCUCUCCUCGUCAUUAUCUCCCUCGCCUUCACCGCAGAUCUCAUUGGACAAAAUACGGACACUUCGGCCUUCGUGUACGGCAGCAUGAGCUUCGGGGACAAGAUCGUCAACGGCAUUGCAGUGUUGGUCAUCCAGGAACUUACCAGGUUUGGCUGUACUGGAACCAACUGUUCUACCUACUUCCGUCACGUGAUGAGUCUGGGUAUCUUCGUGCCACUGAUGUUGGCAUUCAUUGCAAUCUGUCUCCUAGGCAAUCAGAAACUGGGACGAACCCGCAAGAUGAACCAGGUUGUGCCACUGGAGCAAGGAGAACCCAGUGGCAGCACCUCAAGUUCCAACUCUAGCGAGCUUCUGCUGGCUACUGGUACCAACCUCGGCUAUGGCUCCAUCACCAAGGCUUGAGAAGCAUUCUAACACUACCAGCAAGACCUGAGAAGCAUUCUAACGCCACCAGCAAGACCUGAGAAGCAUUCUAACACUACCAGCAAGACCUGAGAAGCAUUCUAACACUACCAGCAAGACCUGAGAAGCAUUCUAACACCACCAGCAAGACCUGAGAAGCAUUCUAACACUACCAGCAAGACCUGAGAAGCAUUCUAACACUACCAGCAAGACCUGAGAAGCAUUCUAACACUACCAGCAAGACCUGAGAAGCAUUCUAACACUACCAGCAAGACCUGAGAAGCAUUUUAACAG